UGCAAGCGAGCCCUGGAGCUGGACGGCCAGUCGGUGAAGGCUCACUUCUUCCUGGGCCAGUGCCAGAUGGAGAUGGAGAAUUACGACGAGGCCAUCGCCAACCUGCAGAUGCCCUUUCCCUUCCCAGCCUACAACCUCGCCAAGGAGCAGCGGCUGAAUUUCGGGGAUGACAUCCCCAGCGCGCUGCGCAUCGCUAAGAAGAAACGCUGGAACAGCAUCGAGGAGAAGCGGAUCAACCAGGAGAACGAGCUGCACUCCUACCUGACCAAGCUGAUCAUGGCAGAGAAGGAGAGGGAGCUGGCCGAGUGCCGAAAGACGCAGCAGGAAGAAAACGCGGACGAGAGCCGGAGCCGAGUUCAGCUGGCCAGCAUCGAGGCCAAACACGACAAAUACCUGGCGGACAUGGACGAGCUCUUCUCUCAAGUGGAUGAGAAGAGCAAGAAGCGGGACAUCCCUGACUACCUGUGCGGGAAGAUCAGUUUUGAGCUGAUGAGAGAGCCCUGCAUCACGCCCAGCGGGAUCACCUACGACAGGAAGGACAUCGAGGAACAUCUCCAG